AUGAGCAGUAACAGAAGAGUUUUUUGGAGUCUCAUGUACUCUAUGGGCUGAAGGUGAUUGUGAGUUUGGCUCCAAGUGGUUGACAUGUGUACUAGGGGUGUUUUGCAAUAACAGAACUAUAUCCACCGUUGGGAUCUCUUCAUUGGUAUCAUGAUUUUCUUUUAUAACAGCAGCAGAUCCAAGUGGCUUAGGAGGAAGUAAACACCUCUUCUCUUUAUGGCCAAGUGCUCCGCAUCUUUCACAAGCGCUAGGAAUCCAAGAAUACUCCACAUCUAACAAGUAGAUAUUGCCUUGUUUGUCAUCAAGCGCAAUUAGCUUCGGGAACGGUUUAUCUAAUUCAACCUCAACUAAAAGUUUAGCUUCCCCCAUAUUUGUUGGAUCUAGACGAGGCUUAUGCGUAAGCAUUGGCUCUCCCAAACCUGAUGCUAUGUGGCUGAUACCUAAUCUAGAGAAACAUGAAUCCGGAAUAUUCUUAAGGGUUACCCACACCGGUAAUGUAGAAAUCUCAGGGGUUUUAAAAGAGUUUACAGGACUCCAAGGGGCCACAAAUAGGAGACAAUCAUCCACAUGCCACACGCCACGUUGAAUAACCCAUUUGCGAGUAUUUUCAUGAGGAAUAUGGAACAAAAACGACGACUCUCCUAAUUUCCGGCAAGAUAUCUUACAUUCCCGUCCCGAUAAUCUAUUUAAGACAGCAUGAAUAAGGCUACAAAUCUUGAUCGGGAAAGGAGUGAACCCAAAACGACAUCUGAUGAGAGAAUCCCAAGUGACUAUCCAGUUCGUCCAGGUCAAAGUAGUUGUAGGAGUUAUCUACACAGUGGUCUCUGUGUCCGUGGAAGCAAUUGCCUUUUCAAUCAUCCUCGUUGUAAGGUACACAUUCGACUUAAGCUUAUGGAUCCUUGUAGCAAAAGUAACACAAUCUUCAUUUGAGUCUUUACUUGCAGUUCUUUCUGAGAGGAUUUUGUAAGGACGGCUCAGCUUGUAAAUUUCUUCACUCAAAGGACAACGAAGCUCCUAUGCGUCAAAUGUGAAAAACUUUCACCCAAAGGACAGGGAUGGUGAAGAACCUAUGCGUCAGGUAAUUUCAUCAUCGCCUGGUUACUAUUCCUUUUCAUCCAAAAGUGAAAAAUACAUAAAGUGACUACGGGCAAGAGGAGAAGGAAACUAAAGAUUGGGUGUUCAAUAUAGAGAAGAAGUAUAACCUAAGCCUAAGUCAAAUAUGUGAUGGUAUAGUGGCUGGUUACAAGCGAGCUAAAAUGGUAAAGAGAUUUGAUUAAAGACUUUGACCUUUUGUUCUCAUUUUGCUUUACCUCUCCUUUCACUUAGCUCGUUACUUUUUAUUCAAACACUGAGGGGAAGAGGAGAGGGUCUCAAGAGAAUGUGAAGGAGCACAGACAGAGAGAGAACACUGGGUGGCAGAGAUAUUUUGAGAAGAAAAGGAGAGAGGCUCAAGAGCAUGUGCGGGAACAUAGACAGAAAGAGACCAAUGGGCGGCAGAGAGAUUCUGAGAAAGAAAAGAGUGAGGCUCAAGGGAAUGCGCAGGAACAAAGACUGAUGGGGAUAGCAGAGAAUCACAAAGUAGAUGCACAUCGUCAAGACAAUCUGCAAGUAGAAAGACAGAGAAAGAGCAUUGAGUGGCAGACAAGACAAGCUCAAGAGACGGAAAGGAGAAAGUCUAUAGCGUUUUUGGAGGAACAAAGAGUAAAGGACAAGGUUGACAAAAAGAGACAGAGAGAUGUGGAGAAGAUGGAGAUGGAGGCUGAAGAGAGUUCUGAGGAACAAAGAUUGAAGGAAAAAGCUAUUCAGGAUUUCCAAGGGCUUGAAAGAUUCAAGGAUAUAAGCCAAAUACAUGAUGAAAUCGUGGCCGGAUACAUACGAGCGAGGAAGAUGGUAAAGACAUUUGAGGAGAGCGGGGAGGAACAAAGAUUGAAAGGAGAAGCAUGCUCAUGAUCAGGCAAAUAAGGAGGGAGGCUAGUUUGAGACUUGAUCAGUGUGUAUGAAUUCGAUUCAUCAAAACAUUUUCACUCAAUUGGUUUUUGAAAUCUGACAAGAAAAAUUGUAUAUGACCUUAUUGUCCAUUUGAUUUUGAAGAAUGGUUCCUAUAUUAUAUCAGUCAUACGACUCAUAUUGUAAAGAGGCAAGCCUGCUUUAUAUCAUUGUUUUACUUUUACUACAUUAAAAGUUUGGAAACAAAAAUAACUAAUUCAUGGUUUUGGAAGAUGAAUAUUACCAUUUGUUAUAACUAAUUCAAAAAUAACUAUUUGAAUCAUGAUGGGAAGAAAGUGGAAUUCAAAAACUAAAUACCAUACGUUACAAUUUGGUCACAAAUUUACAUUUAUUUGGAGCUAUUAAUA